CCGGUCAGCUGACACACUAGAUCCGUGUUGUAGGAUUGAAAACCUGUCGCGAUCCGAGGCUAUGAACCCGAGGCUGCGAUCACUCGCCUGAACAGAACCGUGAGGACCGAACCCUGCAGCAGCUCGACUCCCCGAGACCCAGUUGACAAACUUCCCGCCCGCAGCCAUGACAGAAUUCUGGUUGAUCUCAGCUCCGGGGGAGAAGACGUGUCAGCAGACGUGGGACAAGCUGAUGGUCGCCACCGCCCGCAACAACAACCUGUCCACCAACAACAAGUUCAACAUCCCCGACCUCAAGGUCGGAACGCUAGACGUGUUAGUGGGUCUGUCCGAUGAGCUGACUAAACUGGACACCUUUGUGGAAAGUGUGGUGAAGAAGGUCGCUCAGUACAUGGCUGACGUUCUGGAGGACAGCCGAGACAAAGUCCAGGAGAACCUACUUGCUAAUGGAGUUGACCUGGUCACCUAUAUCACCAGAUUUCAGUGGGACAUGGCUAAAUACCCAAUCAAACAAUCCCUGAAAAACAUCUCUGAGAUCAUCGCUAAGCAAGGAACUCAGAUCGACAAUGACCUGAAGGCCAGAGCUUCAGCCUACAACAACCUGAAGGGAAAUCUGCAGAACCUGGAGAGGAAGAAUGCGGGGAGCUUGAUGACCAGGAGUCUGGCUGACAUAGUGAAGAAGGAGGACUUUGUACUGGACUCAGAGUAUCUGAUCACUAUGCUGGUAGUCGUCCCUAAGAUCAGCUACGCAGAUUGGCAGAAGAUGUAUGAAACGCUGGCUGAGAUGGUUGUACCUCGCUCCACUAAGCUCCUGUUCGAAGACAACGACAGCGGCCUGUUCAGCGUCACUCUCUUCAGGAAGGCUGUGGACGACUUCAAGCACAAGGCCAGAGAAAACAAGUUUACAGUGCGUGACUUCCAGUACAAUGAGGAGGAAUUGAAGGCAGACAAAGAAGAGAUGACACGUUUGUCCACUGACAAGAAGAAGCAGUUUGGGCCGUUGGUGCGAUGGCUGAAGGUGAAUUUCAGUGAAGCCUUCAUUGCCUGGAUUCACAUCAAAGCUCUGCGGGUGUUUGUGGAGUCAGUGUUGAGAUACGGACUGCCAGUCAACUUCCAGGCCAUGUUGAUUCAACCCAACAAGAAGAACAUGAAGAAGAUGAGGGAGGUGCUGCAUGACCUGUACAAACAUCUGGACAGCAGUGCUUCCGUCAUCGAUGCCGCAAUGGACAUUCCAGGCCUAAAUUUGAGCCAGCAGGAGUAUUACCCCUAUGUUUACUACAAGAUCGACUGCAACCUGCUGGACUUCAAAGUCUAGAUUCAUCGUCGUCAUCAUCAUCAUCAUCAUCGUCAUAUACCGCAGUGAUCUGAUGAGCUUUAAUUUAUUUCCAAAACCUCUCUGUGUUUCCUCUCAUGUUCCUGGCACAUUCCUGGGUGUUAUCAUAUCAGGUUGUGAGAAACCAGAGGAUUGAUUAGUGACUCUACGUAAAGUCAGCUAAAUCACAGGAGUAAACUGGUCUCCAAUCAUAUCUUCUGUUCUAAUACACUUGAAUGAGGUUCCUCUGUCGUCACUUCCUGUUUGUACCAUCCCCGUGGAAGUGAACAGCAUCCACCAAAACGGUUGACAUUCCCUCAACAAAGGUCAUGUAAAAUGCUGCAUUUUUAUUGGCGUCCACCCCCCCUGUCUUCCUGCUUCAUUUAAAGUCACCUGAGCAGAGCAAAUAUGGGAAAAUACGGGAAGAAAAAAACUAAUAUAUGUUAAAUAUAGUAUUUAUUUCAAGAUUCAAAGAUCAGUCAAUGUGUUUUUGUUUGUUGAGUUUUUGUAGGUGAUGUGUUUUUAGCUCCACGUAAAGGACCGUCUGUUUACAAGUAGAUGUUGACCAUUGUUUCCUCCCCCUCUGUGAUCCUGUGAAAUACGGAGUCAUUUUACAGUAUGAAGAUGCAAUAUGUUUUCUGCCUGUUCGAUCCAUUGAUUUCUGUAUAUGAAGCAUUUUAAGAAUAAUAAUAAUAGGUCUAUGUGAAAGUGCUAUAUUGUCUGUAUAAUUGAAGAUUGAACUACAUAUCUAAAAAUAAAUGUGAGAAUAAAUACUCUGUGUGAAAAAUA